GUUGCCUAAUUCGUAUUUGUAGAUGUCGCACGUGCGUCACCUGUCAAAUCUUUGUUUUUCUAGAAGUUUACAAAUUUGGGGCUUAAUUAUUGUGUUGCCGAAACGUUUAAUUCUAUGUUAGAGUGGUAAAAAAUGUCCGAAAGUGAGUCCAGUGAGAAGCCAAAAGUGCAAGUCAAGCACGACUGGUACCAAACGGACGCUGCUGUGGUCAUAACCGUGCUUGUAAAGAACGUCAAGGAGGAGAAUUUGAGUGUAAACUUUGCCAAAACGUGUGUCACUGCGAAAAUUAAAUUCCCGGAACAGGACGAUAUUGAGCUCAAAUUCAACCUCUCGCAUGAGGUAGUCCCUGAGCAGUGUUCGUAUAAAAUCACCCCCUCGAAGAUUGAGGUUAAGUUGAAAAAAAGUGAGGGAAUCAGGUGGGCCAAGCUGGAAGGGCCGGAAGACCUCCCUAAGGCGAUACCCGUGGAAGUGGCCCAGACGAGCGGCCCCCCGGCCUACCCCACCUCCAAAAAGGGCAAAGACUGGUCCGUUGUCGAGAAGGAAAUCAAAGAAGAGGAGGCAAAGGAAAAGCCCGAGGGCGAGGAGGCCCUCAAUAAGCUGUUCCAGGAGAUUUACGGCAAAGGCAGCGACGAGGUCAAGCGGGCAAUGAAUAAGAGUUAUAUGGAGAGUGGGGGCACGGUUCUUAGCACGAAUUGGGACGAGAUAUCGAAGGAGAAGGUCGGGGUGAAGCCACCGGAUGGCAUGGAGUGGAAAAAGUGGUAGUUUUUGUAUUUAAAUAAAUUAUUGUCAAAGG